AUGUUAACACUAUAUAGAAUUGUCAUAUUAAGUUUAAUAUGUUGGUGUAUUGAUGCAGCUUCUCGCACGCCUUUGGAUUUUGAAUUAAAACAGGCGGAGGCUUGCAGUACGGAGAAAUGUCAGCUACCAAAUUGCCGCUGUUCGGGCAUGACUUUGCCGAAAGAGGAGUUUAGGGGUCAUGAAAAGGAAAUACCACAGUUCAUCACUGUUACCUUCGAUGAUGGUGUUAAUGCCAUCAACUACUUGCAAUACCAGGAGCUCUUUGAGAAUCUUGUAAAUCCCGAUCAUUGUGAGGUCAAGGCCACUUUCUAUGUUUCCCACGAAUACACCGAUUACUCCAAAGUAAAUGCUUUAUACAAUGAGGGCCAUGAAAUAGCUUUGCAUUCCAUAACACAUGGUGAUGGCACCGAGUACUGGCGUCAGGCUGAUGUGGAUCUCAUCAUGCGUGAAUUUGGCAAUCAAAUUGAUAUUUUGGAGAAAUUUGCCAAAAUCAAUCGUAAACAUAUAAGAGGAAUGCGUUUGCCAUUUUUACAAAUCUCCGGAAAUAAUUCCUAUAUUGCGGCCAAACGUUUGGGUUUAUUGUACGACAGUUCUUGGCCCACCCAGCAAUAUCGUAAUCCCGCCAUGUGGCCCUAUACCUUGGAUUAUUUAUCCUUGCAGGAUUGCCAAAUAAGACCCUGUCCAACGGCUUCUUUAGCAGGUUUGUGGGUUAGUCCCAUGGUUACUUGGGUGGAUAAGCAGGGCUAUAGCUGUUCCAUGUUGGAUGGUUGCAUUUACCUGCCCGAGGAUAAGGUGGAGAGUUUGUUUGAGUGGAUGAAGGAGAAUUUCCAUCGGCAUUAUGAUAACAAUAGGGCACCGUUUGGCAUGUAUUUGCAUGCAGCUUGGUUUGGCAGAAGUCCAAAUUAUAUUAAGGCUUUUAGAAAGUUCCUGGAGUAUGCCAAUAGCCUGCCCGAUGUCUAUAUUACCACACCCACUUCGGUUAUCCAGUACAUGAGACAUCCGACUUUGGGCAAACCUUUCAAGGGCUGCUUUAAGAAACCCCAAACCACUUGUCGCCCGGUAUCUUGUGCUCUAAAAAAACAAACAACUGGAGAAACUCGAUACAUGACAGUUUGUGAUCGUUGCCCGGAAGUUUAUCCCUGGUUGGAUAAUCCUUUGGGGGAAAUUUAAAAAGCACCUAAAGGA